AAUGAGUUUGGGAAAAAGCGUUAAGAAGCAAGAUACAAAAGUAAAACAGUUGAUAAGGGACUGUGUGUUAGGUCUUGGAGUUUGUUAGAAAAACCGAAUUUUGUUGGGAAUGGUGGAUGUGUAAGAUGUUGUUGAGUUUUGA